GAGCACUGGGAUUAGGGGCCCAAGACAAAACUUUGGGGGCGGAGUCUGGGCGUGCUCCUCUUUGCUGCGCUGCCCGCUGCGUUACCUUACCUCGUGCCUUGUUUACUCGAUUUUGAUUACCCAUCUGCGCCCGUCUCUUCUGGCCACCUCCGCGGGAACGAAUUAACAACAAAUCGUAAAGGGAAACCAUGUCAAGGAUCGCUUGUGCCUGGGCGGACUUAGGCGAAGAUGCCGCAGGCGCGAAUCAGUGGUACGAGGGUACGCAUGUACCCGCUGCCCUUGCAAAGAUCAACUCCACUGCCCGCACUGCAGAGCAGGUGGAAGACAAUACAUUCGCAGAGGUAGCUGCAAUCGAAGGCAGCCUCAUGACCAUCUAUGAUCUACCCAAACACCAAAGUGCGCAAGAGUUGGAUGCGCAGCUAUGCCCAGCCUUGGACCGACUUCCGAAAGAGGCGAUAAUAGAGACGCGGGUUUACAAUGAGUAUGCCAAUUGGUAUGGGGAAGAAUGGCGGGGCGACUCCCGCGAUAUCCAAAUGUGGAUGAUAGUCCUAUGGCAACCCGACUCGGAAAUUCAUGACGAAUUCUUAGCAUGGUUUAAAGAUGAAUUUGCGCCUGGCAUGCUCAAGAAUCCCGAACUACUCCGCACACGCAUCUUCAAGCUCGAGCACGUAUCCAGAAUCCAAGACCAGAAACACAAACAAGUGGACAAAGCAUCAAGAUAUCAGUACAUGACGUUCUGGGAGUUUAACACUGAGGAGCUGCCAUGGGAGAUUUUAGUAUACCUAGGGUCCUCAGAGGGAUGGAGGUACUACGUUGAGGGCGGACGCUUGUCAUGGCAAAUGGGACAAUUCUUGGUAAGUAAUCUAUAUCCUGACAUCGAGGACGCGGAGUAUUCUGCCGUCAAGGGGGCAAGAAUUAUUGUAACCCUGGUCACACAGGAGUCAUGAACCUCGUCAGCACCAAUGUCAAGCUAACACAAUGUAGGAAUAUCAGGACCUAGACGACGAUACCAGUCAGCAUAGCGGAAUUGAUCCACUAGACGGACGAUUGGAUGGAGAGCUUG